AAAAUAAAUAAUAAUAAUAAUCUGUAGCAUUUUAUCUUCCUUUUUCGACUCCAAAGUCCUAAAGGCGAAAAUCUCACCUAAAAGGCAUAAUCAACCAAAUUAGAACAAGAACAACCAGGAAAUCAGCUUCCCAUUCAUUUGCAGAUCUGUUUUUGCUUCUGUUAGUAUUUGUUUUGUAUAUAUGGGUGGUUGUCUAGGAUGCUAUGAAAGGCCGACUUUCAAUCCCUUGGUGAAUGAGUCAUCAAAACGACUAAAAGUUCAAGGUCAGACAGGAAAGAAAGCCAGCAUAUCAGAAAAUUUCUGGACCACUAGCACUUGUGAUAUGGAUAACAGUGCAAUGCAAUCACGGGGAAGCAUCUCAUCGAUCAGUAUAAGAAACCAGACGCUUGAUCCGCAUGGCAGUGUUGCAGCUGCUAAUGCCCCUGCUGAAUUUGUGAAUCAUGGCCUUCUUAUGUGGAAUCAAAUCCGGCAGCGCUGGGUGGGAAACAGGAAGUCUGAAAAUCGGAAGCGAGAUGUUCUAGAACCUAAACUAAACACUCAUUGUCUGUGCAUGGUUAAACAAUUCUGGCUUUGCAGUUUGAAUGCAACUUACGAAAGUUUACUCGGAAGCAACAAGCCGUUCCCUCAGCCUAUUCCUCUCUCUGAAAUGAUAGAUUUCCUCGUGGAUGUGUGGGAGCAGGAAGGGUUGUAUGACUGAGCAACAACAGCACAAGUGCAAUAUCCAUAUGAUAUGUGGUAACAUUUGUAAUUGCUUUAAUAGGUGAAAUGCAUUAGACCAUAGCCUGGCGUGCAUAACAACUGUAAAAAUUCAUGGUCUUGCCUGCUAAUGUUUUAAUUUUCCUUCCCAAUUCAACUGGCUUUUUGGACAAUACUAUUUUAUUUUCUCUGGAAUGAAAAUCCGGAAUAGAAAAAUACUAACACCCUCUGGUUUUCAAGG